UGUCAUCAGCGGUGCCCGCGCGCGCGUUCACGUACACCCGCGAGUCCGCGUUUCCCGUGCUGCGAGUAUACGUGCCGUGCCGGUGACGCGCAGCGUGCUCGUGCCGGCUACGCGGACGCGCUCCCGUCGGUGUCGCCGGUCGUACGCGUUACGAAAUCCCGUCCUUUUUUCCCCCGUCGAAAAAGCCGAACGGCCGCCGCGCACGGUGGGUGCGCACGCAAGGGAGAACGGCUCCGCUCCGCGCUCGCCGCCGCCGGCUCGGCCAGUCUACUGGAAGAUUCCAUUGUGAGAGUGGGCUUUCGAAAAGUUCCGCGGAAUUCACCGGCGAGGAUCUACGCGGGACACCCGUCGCCGAGCCACCGAGACGCCGUCCGGGCAGACCAGGUGCCUCAUGGACUAAAGUAAUCAUCCUGGGAAAGGAACGCGAGCGUAGACGAGGAGGUAGACUGUACGCAAAUCAUUCGGGACGUUUACGCGAGAGAUUCGGUAGAAUAACGCUUGCGGGGCAACGAUGUGAAGGAAAAUGUGAUUCGAGGUGAUUGCGUUGACACGGAAGAAAAAGCGAGAAACAAACUGUAUAAUAGAAACCGCGACGGUAAAGUAAAGAGAAGAAAAGACAGACGGAGAAAGACGAGCACUGUAUAAGAGGUACAAAAAUAGAAGAGGGAAGAGAGAAGAGGACGCAUCGCGAUCGAUCGCAUCCGAUCAGGCUAAAACGCUCUCCUGGUCGAUCGUUUUCUCCUCGUGGAAGAAGCACCGACGAUUACUCUCGCCGCUUUCGAGGGAGGAUUGUUCGACGAGCUCGCAAAAUAGGCGAGGGUCUCUCUGCGAAAAAAGGGAGAAAAGGCGAGUCGGAAGGGAGAGAGGUGUGGAUAUCCCGCCGGUCCAUCGCGCGCUGUUUAUCCUGGGAAUCGAGCCGAGCGCCCGGGCGCCUCGAUUCUCCGUGCGAUUGCUUUCCGAAGACGAAAGAAGGAUUCCGCAAGGAUCGGGCGGUAGGAAAACAACGUGCGCGACGAUACGGGGAGAAGUGAGAUGUACCGUGAGCCGAGCAAUUCGUCGGGCAGCGGCGCCUCCACCAAGGGCGACGAAGUCGAGCUCGUCAGUAGAUUCCUGGCGCCGCUGUGCGCCAGAGACGAGGCGGCAAGGAACAUCGCCUUGGCCGCGGCCAGGACCACCGUCGAAGGAUGGCUCGGCGGUGUCGGCAGUCCAAAUCGCUGGGAGGACACCGGCGACGUCGAGGACAACACCAAGAGCGCGAGUGGGAAGUUCUCCAGUCAGGACGGAAGAUACGAUAUGAACGUCGAACGGUCGCCGACGAGAUCGUCGCCGCGGAGCGUGCACCAACAGCAGCUGCUGCACGACACGUUCCGGACCGAGGGCUUCUUUCCGCAGAGCAUCAACGACAACCCGCCCGCGUUCCCCGAGGAGAACAAUCCGGAAUGCUCGUACGACUGCGUGGACGGUCGUCUCUUGAACGAGAGGCGAUUCCGCGAGCGAUACGCCGGCGGCGACGGCGUCGAGAGCUGCAGGUCCGGUCACUCGACGUCCUCGGACGAGGGUAGCAAGAGCUUCAACAUCGAAGGCAGGUGCCCGCGCUUUGGCUCGAAUAACGAGACCGAGAGGAAGCAUCCCGGUUCGUCGUCGAGCGACAGAUCGACGAGCGACGACUACUGUCCCGGCAGGGCGAAGAACAAUUACGUGAAGGUGAAGGGCGCCAAGCAGAAGCAGCUGGAGGACGACGAGCUCGACGCGGAUACCCGUGUGUACGGCAAGAGUCCGAAGUUCGAUGACAACCUGAGCGGCCUCGCGUCAUUCGACUGCCGGAAUCUGAAUCGUCGAGCCAAGAUCGCCGCCGGCGGCGGCGACCUGCUAACGCACGAGCAGCGCCGAUACUAUGACGGCGGCACCGACGACGACGUCUCCUUCAACGAGAGCGAGGCAGCGCGCAGCGACGGGGUCGUCUUCAACACUCUCGACGGCUUCGAGAACGAGAACGAGCCCUGCUACCUUCAGGACAUGAACCUGGAGAGCAGCCACGAGGCCGCGGUCUACGAUGACAUACCGGAGGACUCUCGCCGGACGCAGCAGGACUAUCUGCGCAAGAACGACGAGAGGAAGUUCAGCGCCGGUCAGAUCAAAAGGCCGCUCUCGCAGGACGAGGAUGUGUCCUCGAAGAGCGGCCGCGUGCUCGAGAGCCCGGAAGUGACACCCGGCGACGUCGGCAGGAUGCUGAAUCUCGGUAACGCCUUGGACGGACCCAGGCAGGCGCAGCCCAACAAGUAUCUCAGCCUGGUGACGUUGCAUCUGCCGGUGAUACUCAGGCUCAGCGUUAACUGUCCCUUUCAGAACGUCAGGAUCAAGUGCGCGGAGAUCCUCCAGAUGGUCAAGGAGAGAGGACUACCAGUACCGGUGCCGGCUUUCGAUGGACCUAGUGCCUUCGUCCCUCUCUCGGAGCUGCCGGAUCUGAACAAUCUCGACGAAAAGACGCAUGUCCUGUUGAUGGAUGCUUUCCUACAGAACAACAGGCUGGAUCAUGUUUCCAGAGUAAUGUCCUCGCAUCCAACGUAUCUGGAGCAUUUCCUACGGACCCAGCAUUUCAUCCUUCGCGGUGACGGUCCACUUCCUUACGACUACAGACACCUCAUUGCCAUUAUGGCUGCGGGCAGGCACCAAUGUAGCUACCUUAUAAACCUGCAGAAGAGGGAGUUCCUUCUUCAGGGCGGUGACUCCUCGUGGCUCCAGGGCCUGAGAUCGAUCCCGGGGAAGCUGCAAGAUCUCUACGAGAUCAACAAGAUUCUAGCCCAUAGACCGUGGCUCCUGAAUAAGUCGCACAUAGAGAAAUUGACCAAAGGAGACGAUAAUUGGUCCUUAGCGGAGGUCGUCCAUGCGAUAGUCCUAUUAGCUCACUUCCACUCGUUAUCGUCUUUCGUAUUUUCUUGCGGAAUUAACGAGGAAUUGGAUAACAUAACUGGCCAUCACUACAAGGAGAACAUCCAGGCCAAUAGUGGUAACAUACCGCCUGCCAAAGACAAGCUCACGAGCAGCCCUAAAAAGAUCCCCAACGGAGACGGCAAGACUGAAAAUAUGCCGUCACCGCCGUCGUCGCCGAGCAUAGUCGGCGAGCAGGAGGUCGGAGUGGAGACCCUGAUGGAACGUAUGAAGCGCCUCUCGGAAAAGUCCGAGUCCUAUCAGAUCACGCAGGAGGAGCUCUCCAAGAGAUUCGAGACUGUCGAGUCGCAAUCGGCCGAGCUGGCGGCGGCGCCGCAGAGGAGCAGCUCGGUCCUCGACUCCGAUAUCGGUCUAUUCAUCGAGGAUCCCACUUUCAUCUACCAGGAUUUCGCCAAGCGCGGUCAGCUGAACGACAUACCGACCUUCCGCGUCCAGGAUUACUCCUGGGACGAUCACGGUUACUCCUUGGUGAAUCGUCUGUACAACGACGUCGGCAAUCUCCUCGACGACAAAUUCAAGACCGCGUACAAUCUGACGUACUACACCAUGGGCACGCACAACAAGGUCGACACGUCGCGCUUCAGACGGGCGAUCUGGAACUACAUACAGUGUAUGUUCGGCAUCAGGCACGACGAUUACGAUUACAACGAGGUGAAUCAAUUGCUCGAGCGUAGCCUCAAAACCUUCAUCAAGAGCGCCGUUUGCUAUCCGGAGCGCGUCACAAAGAGGGAUUACGAUCGCGUCAUGAGGGAGUUCAAACACAGUGAAAAGGUCCACGUGAACCUGAUGAUUCUAGAGGCUCGCAUGCAAGCGGAACUGCUGUAUGCCCUUCGUGCCGUGAUGCGGUAUAUGACCUAAAGCGAAGCUCCGCGUCGCUCCCUCGUUUGUCUGCUGUCUGUCAGUCUGCAGUUUGUCGAUUUGUUUUCUCGCGCCACGCUCCCAUGCCCGUAGACUUCGCGGACGUCUCAUGCCCGCGCGCGGGCAAUAGAAGGAGCACACAGGGCGAGCGCGCGAUAUCAUCGAGUCUUAUAUACAGAAAAAAAAAACAUCACACAACACAACAUGCACGCGCUAUCAUAAAGGCCGCUUCGCCGUCGACUCGUGAAUCGCGGCGAUAGCGAGCAAAACGAGUCGCGAGUACUUCAGCGAGCGCUGAAAAAGGCGAUAAUGGAGAGGAGCAAGAGGAAGAAGAGGGGGAUGCUGUGGUGGGGAAGAGGAUUGUAAUAUUUGGCCAUUCAGCUGCGCUCUCGGCGCGAUUCCUUCCGAUCGGCGCCUCAACGACGAGGCCAACGUGGCGUUCCUCGUGCGGCUCAUCCAACAACACACGUCGAUUGCGCACGUUCCGUCUAUUCGCGUAACAAAGUAUAUAUAUAUAUAUAUAUAUUUGAUGGCGAGGAAUGGAGUGCUUCUCCGCGGGUAUACGCGAGGAGAUCGUGAAGGAGGAGCUCGUAAAAACGGAGGAAGAAAAUUGUGCGAACAGACAGGGGAGACAUGACAAGAAGAGGAAAGAUUUAUAAUUUGUUUUGUACAUAGACACUUGUAUUUUUCUACGUUCGACAUCGUAGCAGACUGUUAUUUGUGCGUUUCGUUUACGUUUCAGAUCUGUUUAAAAAAAAAAAAGUUUGCUCUCGCCUUAGAAGCUUUCGAGUCGCGCUUUUAACUUCACACGUUACACACACACACACACACACACACACACAUACACACAUACGUACACAAUAUACGCCCUUCUUAUUGCGUUUGCAAUUUCGAACUUAAUGCGCGAUUCGCCGAGGAAAAACGCAUUCGCCGCAACGCGCACUCAUCCAUCGAGCAGGAGAAAAAAAAAAAUUCGUAGCUCCGCGCGGACAUUUCGUUUCUUCUUUUGUGCCGGACCCGGCUUGUUGAGAGAGGUGGAGAAAAAAAAUUAAUCGUAAGGCUAAAUUAAGAAAAUCUAUUAACUCUAAUUCCGUCACCGCGAUCUUAUCCGGACCCUUGCCUCGGAUCCGAUAUGACCCGACUUCUUUCCGAGUUCUCGUUCCCCUGCGGAUGACGUGCGCCCGCCCCGAGUUAUCGGAACGUCGGAUCCUCUCGCGUGCGAACGCAACGUCGCGUCGUCGCGAACGUCGGAGAACCGAGAGAGAUCGUCUUUCGCGCUGUGUAUAUAUAUAUGUAUAUGUAUGUAAUGCGUUUUAUCUUCGUUUCAUUUUCGACGAUCCCUAGCCCG